GGGUCAACGGACUAAUUAAAAAAGCUGACGGUAAACAGUCUGUCACUUCCUUUAGGAGGAGCACCCACCACCUGGGUCACGUACGCACACGUUUCCACUGCGGCUUUGCUGUCGUCCUCGACCCCUUUACCUGACACACCAUUGCACUGGUUGUCUGUUCAACCGAGAUGUUUGGGCUUUACGUGCUCUUGGUUCCUCUCUUUGGAGCUAGCGGCGCUCUGCUCUACGCUACGCCCGGACAGAGUGUGACCGUGCCCUGUUUCUAUGCCUCUGAGGCCAAACAUAUCUGUUGGUACAAGCAGGUUGCAGGGGAGCAACCUCAGAUAAUAUCCUCGUUCUACAAACAUUCGCCCGACAGCAACAGCUUCCACAACCAGUUUAAAGGCAACGAGCGCUUUUCCGUUCACACUGGAGCCGGGUUCUAUCAUUUGAACAUUUCUAACGUGCAGGACUCGGAUUCAGCUAUGUACUACUGCGGCCGUACCACUGUAAAGAUCACUGAGUUUGAUGAUGGCACUCUUCUGGUUUUGAAAGAGUCCAGCCGCAGGUCUUUCCUCCAGCAGCCGGCGUCCUACUCCGUGAAGCCCGGGGCCUCCGUGACUCUGGACUGCACCGUGCACGCGGGAACCAGUGACACAGAACUCAGUGUGUACUGGUUCAAAAAGGAGAAUUCAACAAACCCUCCCUUAGCUGUCAUGUACAUCCACGCGCACAGCAGUCAGUGCGUCCACAGCCUGGAGCCUCCUGCACAAAGCUGCGUGCACAGCUUGUCCAAGACCAACGUGAGCCAGUCAGACGCCGGCACGUACUACUGCGCCGUGGCUUUAUGUGGGGAGAUAUUGUUUGGGAACGGAACAAGACUCGAGGUCGGAGGGCAAAAGGACAACAUUUCUCCUUUCUUGAUGCAUUGCUCGGUCGCAGCUCUGUUUGUCUCUGUUGUCUUGAACAUCAUCCUAAUCGGCAUCCUCUGCGAAAAGUCAAGGAGGAAAUAUCUGCAUUCUCAAGCGGCAAUCUCCCACUUGACCGUUCCAGAAGAUACCCCCAACAUUCAGAAUGAGGAAUCUGAUGCUUUGCAGUACGCAACACUGGACUUUAAGAAGAGGCACAGCAAGAGCAGGAGAGAGAGGAGGAGACAGGAGAGGGGGGUUACACUGUCAGACCCGAAGUGACCACUUUUCAACACCACCCACCAACGGCGGAUAUCACAAUUAUUACCCAAAUAUAUUAUUGAAAGUUCUAAAUUUUAAA